GUUGUUAAUUAAUAACACAAUGGCCGGCCACGGAUCGGAGUGGAAGUCAACUGAUCACCUCCAUAAAUGCGAACUUCGGAGCUGCUAGCAGAACCAGCAGGAAAGCACAACCAGCAGCAGCAGAAGCUUAAGGCAUGGAGGCGACUCCUCUCCUGACCCCUUACAAGAUGGGCAAAUUCAACCUCGCGCACAGGGUUGUUCUCGCGCCGGUGACGCGCUGCAGGUCGUACGAGAACCUGGCGCAGCCGCACAACACGCUCUACUACCAGCAGCGGGCGGCGCCGGGCGUCCUCCUCAUCGCCGAGGCCAGCGCGGUGUCGGAGACGGCGACGGGGUACCCGCGUGUGCCCGGGCUCUGGAGCGACGACCAGGUGGAGGCCUGGAAGCCCGUCGUGGAUGCGGUGCACGCCAAGGGCGCCUUCUUCUUCUGCCAGCUCUGGCACACAGGCCGCAACGACCACUCACCCACCACUGGCACUGCUGAGUUUGAUGAUGGGGCCCCUCCAAGGCUUGAAACGGAUGAGAUACCACAAAUGGUGACAGACUUCCGGGUCGCAGCAAGAAAUGCCAUCAGAGCCGGUUUCGACGGUGUGGAGAUCCACGCUGCCAACGGGCUCCUCGUCAACCAGUUCUGGUUUUUUUUAGACAUUGGACGAGUGGAUUCUUCCCAGCCUCUGCGUCUGGACCGGCAUACCACGGACGGGCUCAGUGACGGCGGCAGCAGCAGCCUGGAAAAUCGCUGCCGCCGCCUCGCCGCCGAUGUCGUAGCCGCCGUGGUGGACGAGGUCGGCGCGCACCGUGUCGGCGUGCGCCUCUCCCCGUUCGCCGGCGGCGACACGGACUCCACCGACGCCGCGGAGGCCCGCGCCCUGCACCUGGUCCGCUCCAUGGACAGGCUCGGCGUCCUUUACUGCCACGUGGUGGAGCCGAGGACGCGCGCCAACGGCAAGAAGCCGGCGAUCCCGCACCGCCUGUCGCCGUUCAGGGAGGCGUUCAGGGGCACGUUCAUCGUGAACGGAGGGUACGACCGGGAGGAAGGGGACAGGGCGGUGAGCCGAGGGUACGCUGACCUCGUCUCGUACGGGCGGCUGUUCCUGGCGAACCCUGACCUGCCGGAGAGGUUCAGGAAGAAGGCGGAGCUGAACAGGUAUGACAGGAGCACGUUUUACACCUCUGAUCCGGUGGUUGGGUACACGGACUACCCGUUUCUUGGGCAGGAGACACAGGUGGCAUAGUUAAUCGAUCGUACCUUCUGCAGCAGGCCUGUCGAUUAUUAUGUGCAUCUGCAACUAUCUUUGUCAGUUUUUUUACUGAAUUAAAUUAAAAAAAAGUCGAAAUCAAUAAUCAUUCAUGCAUGUACGGAUGUGCGUAUUGUGUAUCCGCAAGGAGGCAUGCGUGUAACGGUGUGUGUUUACUGUUUACCUAUAUGCUGUGUAUGAUUUUCCUAAGCUGAUUCAAGAAAUGCCUGUCUUUUCUGGUUUUCACUA